AGAAGAAUAUCCACAGCUGUUUCCUGGUUACCGCCGACCAACAGGAUGCUCCCAUGAGUGAGCGCGUAGAAAAUGAUUUGUUUUGUUGUGGCUACAGACAGGACAACGUCAGACUCCGUUAUUUGUAGUGACACCGUCGUUUCCCUUGUAAAGCCUUAAACGUGAACAGAAGAUGAAUGUACCUCUACGAACGGAUCCUGCAGCAGACAAAACAAGGGUAAACAAGAAGAAAGAACUUACAGAGGAUCAGAAGGACGAAAUCAAAGAAGCUUUCGAACUGUUCGACACUGACAAAGACAAAGAAAUUGACUACCAUGAGCUAAAGGUAGCGAUGCGAGCGCUGGGCUUUGAGGUGAAGAAAGUGGACGUACUGAAGAUUCUCAAAGACUAUGAUCGAGAAGGAAAGGGGAAAAUAACCUUUGAGGAUUUUAAUGAAGUUUUGACAGAACGCAUUUUGAAUCGAGACCCAAAGGAAGAAAUACUGAAGGCCUUCAAGCUGUUCGACGAUGAUGAGUCGGGGAAGAUCAGUCUGAGGAACCUGAGGAGAGUGGCUCGAGAACUCGGGGAGAACAUUAGCGAUGAAGAACUCCGUGGCAUGAUUGACGAGUUUGAUGCAGACGGAGAUGGAGAAAUAAACCAGGAGGAGUUUCUGUCCAUCAUGUCUACAGACUCUUCAUGAAACAACAGCUCAUCUCAAGGUGUUUCUUUAAGCUGGGAGAAAUGUGUUGCUCUGGUCACUGAGAGAAACAACAGAGACUUUCUUCAGUUACAGCCAGUGCUCACAGACUGUCAGCUGUAAGUCUAGUACGUUAUUUUGGCAUCCAUUCGACCAAACUUUCUUCGAAGUCACUUUGUCUUUAGGACAUUACAGUUUUUCUAAUGUUUGUACAUACAUCAAGCAGUUAAAACUGAACAUCAAAGAUCAAGCCAUAUGUAAAAAUGAAUUAAAACAUUAAUUUAUUUCCUUUCCUGUCAAUGAUCAAUUUCUAGCUAAAGCAAAAAAUAUAAGAA